ACACAUAGCUGAAUACUCUCUCUCUCUCUCUCUCCCUUUCACCAUGGGCGCACACAUUUUCUUGUGUCUACAAUUCCUCUGCUUGGCCUUCACAAUUAGCCGAACAAGUGCCCAGGACCUGGGCACGUGGGCAACCCUGGUUGAAAACGCCGGCAUUUCCUCCAUGCACACCGCCGUCACCCCGUACAACACCGUCAUCCUCCUCGACCGGACUGACAUCGGCGCGUCCGAGUUAUCACUCCCAGACGGCAGAUGCCGCUACGACGCAAACGACCAGAGUUUACAGUACGAUUGCUCCGCCCACUCGGCGGUCCUCGACCUAAACAGCAACACAAUCCGUCCCCUCGAGAUCCUAACUGACACGUGGUGCUCCUCGGGCCAGUUCCUCCCUAACGGCACCCUUCUCCACACCGGCGGCUUCAACGACGGCGCCCAGAAGUUCCGAAUGUUCACCCCCUGCGAAGCCGGUUCCUGGUGCAAUUGGGUAGAACUUGAAAACGUCGAGUUGUACAAUGGGCGUUGGUACGCCACAAAUCAGAUACUUCCCGACGGUACUAUCAUAAUAAUCGGGGGCAUCAGCAUCAACACAUUGGAGUUUUACCCACAGAAACCUGGCGGCGCGAUCAAUUUCCCGUUCCUCGGCCAGGCGGCAGAUGACCAGGGGGAUAACCUUUAUCCAUACGUUCACCUUCUCCCUCAAGGAAAUCUGUUUAUAUUUGAUGACACUCAAGCUGUGCUGUACGAUUACAAUGCAAACGUGAUUGUAACAACUUAUCCUCAGCUGCCGGGAGGCCCACGUAACUACCCGUCUGCAGGAUCCUCUGUCAUGCUGGCAUUGGAAGGAGACUAUUCUACGGCCACAAUAGUAGUUUGUGGUGGGUCUCAGUACAAUGCCUACCUUAAUCAGACUAUAUACGAACCGGCCCAAGAGACUUGCGGGCGGAUCGUGGCGACUGAUCCCAAUCCCUUUUGGGAGAUGGAUACCAUGCCGCUUGUUAGGAACAUGGGGGACAUGGUGAUGCUACCAACAGGAAACGUAAUAAUCAUCAACGGGGCUCAGGCGGGGUCACAAGGGUUCGGAUUGGCAACAAACCCGUGUUUGACCCCAGUUCUAUACCAACCCGGCUUACCUCUAGGAUCCCGAUUUACUGAGCUAACCCCCGGUACAAUCCCUAGACUAUACCACUCGACAGCAAAUUUAUUACCUGACGGGAGAAUUUUGCUCGCCGGAAGUAACACACAUUACUACUACACUUACACCGGGGAGUACCCAACAGAGCUGGCAAUUGAGGCAUUUUCGCCAGGGUAUUUGGCAGCAGACAAUGCAAAUUUUCAGCCGGAGGUGGUGAAGGCCCCAAAAACGGUGGGGUAUGGAGAGUUUUUUGAGGUAGUUAUAACAGUGCAAACUUUGGUGGGUGGGGCCGUGGAUGUAAAUUUUGUAAGUGCGCCUUUCACUACGCAUUCAUUUUCACAGGGCCAAAGAUUGGUAAAUUUGGCUAUCACCGGUCCCGAGCCGGACGGUACCACGUACAAAAUUGGGUGUAAAUCGCCUCCCAAUGGGAUGGUGGCACCGCCAAGUUACUAUAUGAUGUUUGUGGUCAAUAAUGGAGUGCCAAGUGUCGCUCAUUGGAUCCAUUUGGUCGGCUAACCAUCUCUCCUAAACUACCUUUGGUGUAUGUAUCUGCAAAUGCAUGCCAAGCAUCCUCAAAUGCUGUUUUUCUUUUCUUAUUUAUUUAUGUCGUCUCGACAAGGUUUUCGAAAACUUAUUGUGUAAGUGUUGAGAAAACACAUUUGUUGUUAAGACAAGGAAAAGUGGUACUCGUCCAAUUC